AUGUCGGAACAUAAAGACAAUGAGGGCCACAACCUCAAGAGGGAGCAUGACUCCAUCAUCAACGGUACUCACUCACCCAGACCAUUGGUCCAACCCAAGAGAUCUAAGCUUAUUACAUCAUCGCAUUUCGACCUCAAUUCACCACUACAAACUAGACCAGCAUCGCCCUUGAUCCUCAACCCGCCAAUUGACUCCGAUGGUCUAUCAUGGCCCUCGCAUGGCGCACGCUCACGUAUUGACCAAACUCCAGAAGAGGCAGUUGAGCGGGAAAAGCGUAUUGCCGACGCUGUGCGGACAAUCUUGACCGAAUUAGGCGAGGACACGAGUCGUGAGGGGAUCUUGGAGACGCCUGAACGAUAUGCUCGUGCCAUGUUAUUCUUCACCAAAGGAUACGAAGAUAAUAUCCGUGAUGUGAUUAAACAUGCAGUUUUUGAAGAGAACCAUGAUGAGAUGGUGAUUGUGAGAGAUAUCGAAAUCUAUUCGCUUUGCGAGCACCAUUUGGUUCCGUUUUUUGGUAAAGUGCACAUAGGAUAUAUUCCCAACAAGCGGGUCUUGGGGUUGAGUAAAUUAGCUAGAUUAGCAGAAAUGUAUGCCAGGAGAUUCCAAGUCCAGGAAAGAUUGACCAAACAGAUUGCCAUGGCAUUGAGUGAGAUUUUGAAACCCCGUGGUGUUGCUGUGGUUAUGGAAGCCACACACAUGUGUAUGGUGAGUCGUGGUGUACAAAAGACUGGUAGUUCAACAACUACUAGUUGUAUGCUUGGGUGCUUUAGAGACCACCAAAAGACAAGAGAAGAGUUUUUGACAUUGUUGGGGAGAAAGUAA